GUCUCUCUGUGUGUGGACUGUGGUCUUGUCUGUCUCCAUUUUCUCCAAUGGCGACGACAGGCAUUCGUUUAGAAGAUUACAAGCACAGCCCAGUUCACUUCGCCAUAGCACUGGGAGACCACACUACUCUGUCUCGUCUCCUCACUUCUCUACCUACGCUCCCCGACCCUUCCCAGAUCCUCUCAGAGUCUGACUCCCUCGCCCAAGAGCGCAUCGCUGAACAAAUCUCCUCUCUGCUCGACCGCCGUGACGUUCCUAACAGGGAGACCCCACUCCACCUCGCCGUCCGGCUGAACGACCUCUUCUCCGCCCGAUCACUCGCCGCCGCUGGUGCCGAUGUCUCCCUCCAGAACGCCUCUGGAUGGAAUUCCUUGCAGGAGGCUCUAUGCCGUCGCUCCUCCGACAUCGCACUUUCUCUCCUCCGUCAUCACCACCGCUCCGCCUGGGCCAAGUGGCGCCGCCGCCUCCCUCGCCUUAUCGCCGUCCUCCGCCGGAUGCGAGACUUUUACAUGGAGAUUUCCUUCCACUUCGAGAGCUCCAUCGUUCCCUUCGUCGGUAAGAUCGCUCCUUCCGACAGUUACAGGAUCUGGAAACGCGAUGCAAACCUCCGUGCGGAUACUUCUCUCGCCGGUUUCGAUGGACUCAAGAUCCAACGCGCCAAUCAGAGCUUCCUCUUCCUUGGAGACGGCGAUCGGGACCAUGGCCUACCUUCUGGGACUUUGUUGGUUCUCAACCGUGAUGAUCGCAAGAUCUUCGAUGCCUUCGAGACUGCGAGUGUUCCCAUGUCCGAAUCAGACGUAGCAGGGUUUUGCUCCCAGACGAGCGUGUACCGACCAGGCGUUGAUGUCACCAGGGCUGAGCUGGUAGGGAGAACCAAUUGGAGGAAGCAAGAGAGAACAGAGAGCGUGGGAGAAUGGAAAGCGAAGGUCUACGAGAUGCACAACGUCGUGUUCAGUUUCCGCACCAGGAAAGUCGUCGGAGACGCUGCCGGUGAUCCCCCAGGAGGCGAGCAGAUAUUGCCACUGGAACUCGAAGAAGACGCCGAGGAUGGUUUCCUAGUUGCAGAAUACCCUAACUUUGGUCUCCCUCCACCAUCAGAUCGUCGACGUCACAGUAGUUUUGUUAGAGAAGAAAGGGAAUGGGUAUCGUUGAGCAGGAAGAGCGUCGAUAUCCCUGACCGCCGGAGAAUUCCGUCGGUAAUGCCUCCGCCGCCGAACAAGGAGAAAGAGUAUAUCAAAAGUCUCCGACCAUCUGUGUGGUUAACGGAAAAGUUCCCAUUAAAGACGGAGGAGAUUCUGCCGUUACUUGACAUACUAGCUCACAAGGUCAAGGCCGUCAGACGUCUCAGAGAACUGUUAACUACAAAAUUCCCGCCGGGAACAUUUCCUGUCAAGGUGGCGAUACCGGUGGUGCCGACAGUGAGGGUGGUGAUAACGUUUACUAAGUUUGUGGAGAUGCAACCGACGGAGGAGUUCUUCACGCCGGCGUCGAGCCCUGGGCAGUGGGUUGGGGAAGGGCGCUACAGCACCUCCGUUUCCUCCUCCUCUUCUGCUUCUUCUUCUUCUUCUUCUUCUUCUUAUUCAUGGCUGGGUCGUAAUAACAAUGCUGCUCAGCCUGCGACUGCAAGCAAGCAGAGGAGUUGUUCGGCGGCGCAACAAUUGGAUCCGUUUGCCAUUCCCAGUGAUUAUACAUGGACAAGCAUGGAUGAUAAGUCUCGGAAGAUGAAGAAAUCAAGGUCCACAAAGAAGGCCAAAUAGAUUAUAUUGGGUGGUGGCCUGGUGGGUAUCUUCUUCAUUUUAUCUUCAUU